GGAAGUGUCUAUGUCAUUCUUUAAUCAACGGACGCAACUGGACAGCAAGGGUGAAGUGAAACUUGGCGAUGAGAUUCAGAUGGUCAUUCUAGUAACCAACAAUGAUAAUGGUUACUUUGACAUUAGUGCCAAAUCAUGUUUUGCUUCUGGCAUCACACUGAUAGAAGACAGAUGCCCGGUAGAUGAAGACUUGGUUGGGUUAUUCAAUUCCAGUGCGGUCGGGUAUUUGAGCAACACAUUUAGUAUGUUCCGACCGACGAGUAUAUCUGGUGGACCGUUUGAGGUGGUGUUUACAUGUAUAUUGGAAGUUUGUCUGUGGAAUUGUGAUGAGAAUGCAUGCAUUACCGAGGGUGACACAAGUUCUGGAACCUCUAGAAAAAGACGUAGGGCUGGUAUCAGGCCGGCUGACGGACAGUCUAAUCCAUCCGUAGUUAGAGGUUUUACAUUAACAGCUGUGGCAGAAGGGGAAGAAACCGCUGUGAGUCGUAAGAAACCAAACGUGGACAUGUGUAUACCAAUAACUGUUGUAGCAGCUCUGAUUGGUUUGUUUAUCAUCAUUGUUGGAGUAGGUGGCGCCAUCUUUGCAAUUACCUACAAGUAUUACUGCAAUUAUAUGAAGAGUAUCGCAUCACUGAAAGAACGAAAAGAUGGACACGAGAAACAAACGAUUGAAAAUCAGUCUGAUAAACCGGAAGGCAAUCAGAAAACGAAUUGUAUACGUGCGCAGAUAAGUACCGGCAUAGAGGACGAACUUCAAAACAUGUCACGCGAGACAAAUGAAGCUACUUCCGGAAGUGACAAAUCUAAAUAUACAGAACAUCUUCAAGCGCUUGAAGUGCAUUUAAAAUCCCGGCAUGAUAACCAGAAACCUUACCGUCGCACUAGUUUAUCCGUUGCUGGAAUGGCCUCGUUUCCAGAAAAAAAGACACACACAGGCACAUAGGAUAUAGUCCAAAUAUUGUAACAGUGACAACCGAAAACAAUGAUUUUUGUCUACAGUUUUACUGAAAUGAUUUCACACACGCAAAUUAUAAUCCCAAUUCAAAACAGUUUUAUGCGAAGCUUCGCACAUCGUGUGUAUAUUAGCAAAUAAUUAAAUUAUAAUAACGGUG